UGAUCUGCCGAGGCACAUCACCGUCUUCAGAGUCACACUCACCGACACUUCGGAAACUGCUGACCAGCCCUGCGUUCGAAUGACCACAACUGAAAAAGCUCGCGGGCCGGCGGUUCCCUGCGGUGAUCCGGACCACUGAACCAUCUCGACGCCGUGGGUUGCAUGACGGCGUCGACGAGCUAUACAUAAGGCGCAGGACGGUGAGAGAAAUGGGAAGCCAACUGACGGUGCAUCAUGGCUCUGGGGCGAGUGCUGUGUCUGCUAUUCUUGACGACGUCUGUGCUAGCAUCCGCACCGAGCGGUCCGUGGGAUGCUUUCAACUUCGCACCACCGGCGAGGACUGUCUAUGCACGCUAUAUUCGCGAGACUGGGGGCAAUGUUGCGGGGGCGACCAACUUGCUGUCCGAGGGUAGCGCGGCCCUGAGCGGAGACGGCUCUUAUGUGACGCUCGACUUCGGUUUUGAGGUCAGAGGAUGGGUGUCGCUAAACUUCGACGCAGUCUCUUCGGACUCCUCCAUCUCACUCUCCUUCACCGAGUCGCCGCUCUUCAUCAGUCCAUACAACUCAGAUGACUCGUCGUACCCAUCCGCGAACAUGUACUACGACGGCGUGCUCCACGUCCCAGCGCCCCUUGACGCAGGCUUCUGGACUCAGCCUAGAGCCCAACUGAGAGGAGGCUACCGCUUCCUCACCAUCGCGUCCACGUCAGACAAUGCGGUGUCCAUUUCGAACGUGUCCUGCGAGAUCUCGUUCAUGACACAUGUGGAAGACAUGCGGAACUACUCUGGCUACUUCUAUGCUUCGGACCCAAAUUACGUCGACCAAAACUUCCUGACGAGACUAUGGUAUUCGGGUGCCUACACAGUGCAGACGGGUACGGUGCCGCUGGAUACAGGGCGACAGGUGCCUAUCGUCCCAUCGCCGGGGUGGGCGAACAACGCGACUUUGGGGGUUGCGGGUCCCAUCAUUGUUGACGGUGCAAAACGUGACCGCGCUGUCUGGCCAGGUGACAUGGGCAUCGCCGUACCCACCCAAUUUGUCUCGACGAACGACCUCCUGCCCACGCGCAAUGCGCUCUCCACGAUGUUCGCCGCGCAGAACGCCGAGACGGGCGCGCUGCCUGAGUCGGGCCCGCCACUGAGCCAGCAGGGCAGCGACACGUACCACGGCUGGACGCUCAUCGGGACGUACAACUACUUCCUCUACUCGGGCGACUACGCGUGGCUCGAGGACACGUGGGGCAACUACACGAAGGCGGUCGCGUACCUGACGGGCAAGGUGCAGGGUAAUGGCUUGCUGAACGUAACGGGGUUGAGGGAUUGGGGGCGGAAGGGGCAGGGUGGAUACAACUCGGAGGCGAAUGCGAUCUACUACAAGGUCCUAACCAAUAGCGUGGAUCUUGCAACCUGGCUAAACGACACUGAGCUCGCGGAGGCCUAUGCCACUAAUGCGUCGGCCCUUAAGACUACGUUUAACGAUGCGUUCUGGCUGGAAGACGACGGCAUGUACCGCGAUAACCUUACCACGACGCUCACCCCGCAGGACGCCAACUCACUCGCUAUCUUCUUCAACCUCACGGAGACACCGGAGCAGGUUGCGUCCAUCAGUGACGGACUGACGAAAAAUUGGGGCGCAUAUGGGUCGAUUGCCCCUGAGUUGCCUGAUACUGUGGCGCCCUUCAUUGGCGGAUUCGAGUUGCAAGCACACUUCAUAGCCGGCAAUGAUGCGCGGGCGAUGGAUCUCCUUCGUCGAGAAUGGGGAUACAUGCUUUAUACACCCAUCAGCGUACAAUCGACACUGCUUGAAGGCUACACCGGAAACGGAUCCCUCUACUAUCGCUCAUACCAAGGCUACAACUACGACCCCUCUUACAUUAGUCACGCACACGGGUGGAGCUCGGGACCCACAUCCGCACUCACCUUCUACGUCCUCGGCCUGCAGGUAACUUCUCCACAAGGCAAGACAUGGUCCGUCGCUCCGCACACGUCUGGGCUGCCUUGCGCUGAGGGAGGCUUCGAGACACCUCUGGGGUGGUUUGGCGUCAACUGGACAUCCAAGGAUGGGUGGUUCAACAUCACGAUUGAGACGCCGGAGAGGACGAGCGGGAGCCUUCGGCUGCCGUAUCCUGGAUCAACGACAAUCAACGGCGCUGAGGCUUAUGUGGACUCUUCUGAAGUACUCCAGUUGGCUGGUGGGAGUCAUACGGUAGUUGUUCAGUUAUUUCAGUGAAGGCGCCUACACAACCUCUUGAAUGUAGUUGAACGUCCCACAAAUGACUACUAGUAAUCUUGUUGUAAUUUCAUCAACGACGGACUCUGGGCCAUGACUGUAUACCGAG